UGGCAGUUUGUUGUCGAGGACCAGCCCCUCUGAAUAAUCUGCGCAGGGUCGCAGAGGCGUGUGGUUGUUUUUGAAACCGCGGAGAGGGGAUGACUGGCGGGAGCGAUUUCCACAAAAACUACAACAGCAACAAGGACUCGGAGUGUAGGAUGGAUGUAGACAUGGAUUCGAGUCACAUUGAAAGUGAGCGGGGAGAGCUGGACAGUAGUAUCCCGGCUGCGUGCUCCUCUAACGGCAGUGGCGGGGAAGAGGACGAGGCGGAGGCCGUUGGUCGUGGGAGACAAGCCGGGGGCUCUAGUAGUCAGCACACCCCGGACGGAGGAGUGCUCGGCAGCGGCAGGGAGCAGGAGGUGUCGGUCGAGAUCGGGGAGACGUAUUUAUGCCAAAGAGCCGACAAGACAUGGCAUACAGCAGAGGUUAUUCAGUCCAGACUGAAUGAGCAGGAGGGCAGGGAGGAGUUCUAUGUUCACUAUGUAGGAUUCAACAGGCGCCUGGAUGAGUGGGUGGGUAAAGCCCGUCUGGCUCUGACCAAGACAGUGAAGGAUGCAGUGAGGAAGAGCACAGAGAUCGGAGGUGUUGGAGAUUUGGGUGACCAGCCUGAAAGGAAGAUCACCCGCAACCAGAAGCGCAAACACGACGAGAUCAACCAUGUUCAGAAGACAUAUGCAGAGAUGGAUCCAACAACAGCUGCACUGGAGAAGGAGCACGAGGCGAUCACCAAAGUGAAAUAUGUGGAUAAGAUCCAGAUUGGAAACUUUGAGAUUGAUGCCUGGUACUUCUCACCGUUUCCAGAGGAUUAUGGAAAGCAGCCCAAGCUGUGGAUCUGCGAGUACUGCCUUAAAUACAUGAAGUUUGAGAAGACCUUCAGACAUCACCUGUCCCAUUGUCAGUGGAAGCAGCCUCCAGGUAAAGAAAUCUACAGAAGGAGCAACAUCUCAGUGUUUGAGGUGGAUGGGCGCGACCACAAGAUCUACUGUCAGAAUCUUUGUUUACUAGCAAAACUAUUUCUCGACCACAAGACGCUGUACUUUGACGUGGAGCCAUUUAUCUUCUACAUCCUCACUGAAGUCAACAAACAGGGAGCACACAUAGUUGGCUAUUUCUCGAAAGAGAAAGAGUCACCAGAUGGGAAUAAUGUGGCGUGUAUUCUCACACUGCCACCUUACCAACGCAGAGGCUACGGAAAGUUUCUCAUCGCUUUCAGUUAUGAGCUGUCUAAGCUGGAGAGUACAGUUGGCUCUCCAGAGAAACCUCUGUCUGAUCUGGGGAAGCUGAGCUACAGAAGCUACUGGUCCUGGGUCCUGUUAGAGAUCCUGAGGGACUUCAGAGGAACCCUGUCCAUCAAAGACCUCAGCCAGAUGACCAGCAUCACGCAGAGCGACAUCAUCAGCACGCUGCAGUCGCUCAACAUGGUGAAGUACUGGAAAGGUCAACAUGUUAUCUGUGUCACGCCCAAACUGGUGGAGGAGCAUCUGAAGAGUGCCCAGUAUAAGAAACCUCCAAUCACAGUGGACACUAUGUGUUUGAAGUGGGCGCCCCCCAAAAAUAAACAGGCCAAGUUGUCCAAGAAGUAGGAGGCCGAGCCAGCGAAGUUUGCCCAUCAGUCAGCAUAUCAUCUGCCAACUUCCCAUUUUCUCCUCAACUGGCUAAAACCCUGCUGUUAUAAAAACCCGCUGUAUAUAAUUAUUAGUAGCAUCUGUCAGUAUUUUCUUAAAAUAUAUAUAUAUAAAAAACA